AUGUAUGAUUUGACUUACUCAGACAUAGUGAUCAUAUCCCUGGCUGAGGAUGUUUUGCUGGAAAGCAGCUUUGCAGAGAGGGCCCUUGGAGUCCAGGUGCAACACGCAAGUAAACAGAUUGCUGCCGAUAAGCAGUACAAAGGCAUCAUCGAUUGCGUAGUGCGUAUUCCAAAGGAGCAAGGAGUGCUGUCCUUCUGGCGAGGGAAUUUGGCGAAUGUCAUCAGAUACUUCCCAACUCAAGCUCUCAACUUCGCCUUCAAGGAUAAGUAUAAGCAGGUGUUCCUGGGAGGAGUAGACCAGCACACUCAUGUCUGGAGGUAUUUUGCUGGUAACCUGGCCUCUGGUGGUGCAGCUGGAGCCACUUCCCUCUGCUUUGUCUACCCCUUGGAUUUUGCAAGAACCCCUGCUUGGCAGCUGAUGUUUGGAAAAGCUGGUGCAGGACGAGAAUUCUCUGGUCUAGGGGGACUGUCUAGUCAAAAAUCACCAAGUCUGAUGGUCUGCGUGGCUUGUACCAAGGGUUCAAUGUCUCUGUCCAGGGCAUCAUCAUCUAUAGAGCUGCCUACUUUGGAAUCUACGAUCCAGCAAAACUUACGCAUGCUGCCAGAUCCCAGAAAUACUCACAUUGUUAUCAGCUGGAUGAUUGCACAGACAGUGACAGCUGUGGCUGGUGUGGUUUCCUAUCCUUUCGAUACUGUGCGGCGUAGGAUGAUGAUGCAGUCGGGACGCAAAGGAGCUGAUAUCAUGUACUCUGGAACGAUUGACUGCUGGCGGAAGAUUGCAAGGGAUGAGGGAGGAAAGGCGUUCUUCAAGGGUGCAUGGUCUAAUGUUCUCCGAGGCAUGGGGGGAGCUUUCGUGCUUGUGCUGUAUGACGAAUUCAAGAAAGUCAUUUAA